CCCUCACCCACUGUGCAGCCGCCCCGCCGUCCAGUCGCUCUGCCGUCCAGCCACUGUUGCCGCCGCCGCAGGUCUUCCAGCCACCGCCCAAUGCCGCCACCGCUGCCCACCACAGAUUGGAGCUCUCGCUCAGUCUUCAGUGGGCAGAUGGAUCUUUCAAUGUAGUUAUUGGGACUCGUUCGCUUCCUCUCUUCUUCGCGCCCCAACCUCCAUCCCGAUGCGUACGUGUAGACACCGCCACCCAUCUGCACACCUCUGUCUCCAUCCAACCAAUGCCGCCAUCCAGCAACAUGAAGGCACUCC